AUGGUGUUGUCGCAGCAGGAGAUAGAGAAAGCGCACGACGCGUUUGAGAAGUUCGACGUCGAUCAUUCCGGCUGCAUCGACGCAUGGGAGCUCAAGGAGGCCAUGAAGUCCCUUGGCCAGAACCCGACAGAUGAGGAGGUAUUUGGUCUUCUUGCGCAAGUCGACACUGAUGGAUCCGGCAAUAUCGACUUUCAGGAGUUCCUUCAAGUCAUCGAGAAGCAGAAGGAUGCACACGGAUCGACUGGAGAAGAUUGGGACAUGGUUUCCGCAUUUGUCGCUCUUGGAGGUAACCCUGACAAAUCUGGUGAAAUCAACACGGACAAGUUGCGCGCAACUAUAGAGAAGUUUGAGCUGACAAUCGACAUUGAGAGACUCAUCGAAGAGACAGAUACAGAUGCUUCCGGCCUGAUCGACUAUGAAGAAUUCAAGGCUAUGCUGAGCUAG